AUGAUCAAAUUUCAGGGUCGGUCCGCUCUCAAGCAGUAUAUGCCUAUGAAGCCGAUCAAGCGUGGGAUCAAAGUGUGGGUACUGGGAGAUAGUACCAAUGGGUACUUCAGUCGUUUCGAUGUGUAUACGGGGAAGCAGGAAAUACGUCAUGUCGGCCUCGGGGAACACGUGGUGAAGAAAUUGACAAGCGAGUUGAAGAGGAAGAACCACCACGUCUACUUUGACAACUUCUUCACCAACGUCAAACUGCUCGAGGAUUUGUUGGAGGACGGAAUCUAUGGUUGUGGGACUGCUCGCAGAGACAGGAAAGGUUUUCCUCCUGCAUUGAAGAAAGCUGCCCUAAAAAAUUCCCUAAAACAGAGAGGUACCAGUAAGACAGUCCAGAAGGGCCCCGUGACAGCAACCGCCUGGAAGGAUAACAGGAUCGUGAACGUCCUCUCCACGACAACACAGCCCACAGCUAUAGGUUCCGUUCUCCGGCGACAAAAGGAUGGAGUCAGAAUUAAUGUGCCAUGCCCAGAGGCCAUUAUGUCGUACAACCAGCACAUGGGUGGAGUUGACAGGGGUGACCAGCUCAGGGGCUACUACAGCUGCCGAACAAAGAGCAGAAAGUUUUAUAAGUACAUUUUUUUCUUUUUGUUUGAUGUAGCCAUUACCAAUGGUUAUAUUUUAUAUAAAGAAAACACUAACCCGAAAUUGAAGAACAUCAAGGAGUUCCGCCUUCAAUUGGCCCAGAAUCUCAUCGGAUCAUACUGCAGUCGGCGUCGGGCAGGUCGUUAUGGUGGUGCGAUUGUUCCUCUCCAACUCCAACACUUCCCCGUAAAAGAUUCGAGUGGUCCGUGUCCGUCGAUACAUAGGAGAGGAAGAUGUGCGCACUGUGAUCACAACGGACACCGAACUGACACGACAUGGUUUUGCCAAGAAUGUGGAGUGUGGCUCUGCCAUAAUGGCAACCCAACGAAAGACUGCUUUUUCCUAUGGCAUAAGAACAGAGAACAGUAGUCGUACUUACUUGUGUACCCAUAUUUAUUUGCUAUCACUAUGUUGCUAGGGUAAAAACUGA